AUGUCGUCCCACAAUUCAGCGUCACCCCACAACGUCACGGUCGCCGGGGUUCCCGGUAAACGGUCGGCUGACGACGCUGCAUCCGACAAUAGCUUGCAGCAAGCCGCCAAGCGCAAGCGUCCUCAGUCUUGCGAUACCUGCCGCUCACGCAAGAUCAAAUGUGUUCGACUUCAAGUCGAUGGCCUCGACGCCUCGGCAGAUAACCGAUGCGUUCAGUGUCGUGCGAUCGAUGCAAAGUGUACCUUCGACUACAUACCCAAACGGCCCGGUCCACAAAGCUCCUUUGCCAAGACCGCCAGAAGAAACAUAGACGCUCAAGCCAAACCGACCGUCCCCUACACGCACCAGGCCGCCACUCCAUCCUCGCACUCUCGAACGUCCACAUCCGCCUUCGUUGACGCGCAUCCGACUCAUCUCGGAGGCCCGUCGCCACAUGCUCAGCAAAGCACCUCGGGCCACUCUCCCAACGACGACAGCUGGUAUCGCGCUUUGACGGCGCAGAGCAUCGCGACCGGAAGCGGUAGCAAUGCCGGUACACAGACCCGUUCCUCGUCUUGGGGAGGAGGCAACUUUGAUGCGUACCUCAACAACUCAAUGCUUGCUAUGACACCGAGUCAGUUCGCCGGUAUGUCGGCGGCAUCGCCCUUCGACUUUUCGCCUCACAACAUGGGCGGCCUCUCAGGUCCAUCACCAUCCAUGAGCAUGUCUGGCGCCUCCUCUGCCACUCCCGGCAGCUAUGCAGGCUCGUCGUGGCAUGGUCCUCCGCGAUCCGAUGCAGGCAGCUCACGCUCUGCAGCACCACUCGCAUCCAUGUCUCAUUCGCAGCCACAGGUGCAUCACCAGCAGCAGCAUCCCGCAGCAUCGCUGGUGGAUCACUUGCAAUCAUUUGAGAUGGCAGCUGGUUCUGCUGUCCCCGACGGCCGGGCGACGCCGCUACCUCUUCCCAUCCCUUCGUUCUCUCGCGUGCAGUCUCCGGUGCCGAUAUCAGCGUCAUUACCGCAGACGAACGAGCCCAGCGCACAUCAAUCGCACCACCACCACCAGCAGCAGCGACAGCCAAAUCUCCACUUUGGCACCCCUUCCUCCGAUCUCGAUGUACUCACACGCGCUGGAAACGCCGAUGCGGCCUCUGGUCGCAAGAGCAAGGAUGGGCCGAGUCUUUCCAACAUGUCUUGCGGACCCGUCAUCCGGCCACGAUCGCUCGACGACGUUGCCCCGCGUCAGACCUUCCUCGCCAUCGUGUCUCUCUAUUUCCAUUAUCUGUGGCCGCUGCUGCCCAUCGUGGAUCGCCCCUCGUUCAGCCACGACCUUCUCAAUCGCAGGGAUGAACGCGAUCACGCCUUCUUCGCCUUCGUCCUCAGUCUCACAUCAUAUACGUUGAUCCAAUGUCCGAGGACCGUCAUCCCUGCUCCGUGGUCGGUGUAUCGAAGGUUGCACCGCAUCUGCCACCUCACGUCGCGCAGGAUGCAGCCUCGCGUGUACGACCCCCCGCAGCUGCUGCACGUUGCUACGCUCUAUUGCGAUCACAUCUAUCUCGGCACCGUUGGCAAGAUCAAUGCAGGCAAGGCGGUUCUCGCCGAAGCGGUCCGCGUCGCUUAUACGCUGGGCCUGCACGACGAGCGCAAGAACGACUCGAGGAGGGGCGCAGCGCCAUAUGGCCUCGAUGCUUCAUCCUUUGCGCACUAUCAGACCCCUGCGGCCAACGCUGUGGAGAACGAAUUGCGCAAACGCAUGUUUUGGAUCUUGCACGGAAGCUCCACCACCAUUGCCAUGUUGGAGGAUGAACCGGCGCUCAUCCACGCGAUCGAUGCCUGCGUCGAUUUACCCCUCGCAGUCGACGAAGAGGCGCUGGCGCGGCCCGGACACAUCCAGAGGACUCCCAGCUUGCUUCACGGAUUCCUCACGGUGACGCGUUUGCACCAGGUGAUGCUCGAGCUGCUCGAGUCGUAUCGUCGCGAUCGUCGUUUCCCGAUCGAUGAUCUUUCGGUAGCUCGAUCUCGCAUCCGCUACCUUGCCGACGUGUUGCGCAGGCUGCAGCGGGCCAUCGACGAGAUGCCGGAGGAGCUGCGCAACCCGGUCUACUCACAUUCGCCGCCCGAACCGAUCCGUCGGCCGGGCAGUGCCCUUCCUGCGCUCGAGACGGUCUCCGCCCGCGGUCAGCCCCAGCAACAGCAGCACGAUGCGCCUCUCUUGCAAGCAAUCGGCUUUGACGCUGCCACUCAGACAGCACUGGGCAACCAUCUCAGUGGCACGUCACCCUGGCCAUGGCCGGCCGAGACGUUCACGCGCGAUGGCUUGCCCAACGCGGACGCACGUAGCUCAAACAACUCUUCGGCGACUCAUUCGCCUGGUGUCGGCGGUGCAAGCACAGGGAAUGCUGCAGGGGUAGAAGGAGGACAACCACCGCAUCAUGUGCUCACCCCCCCUCCUGCACUGACGCCGCGCAACACCGACACCAGCGACCCUGCAGGCAGCCUCACAAUGGUGGACCUGGUCAACGUCUUCCGACCGUCACCGCCGCCUUCCGCCACACCGGUGCUUUCGCCCAUGUGCACCAUGCACGCCAACAUUGUCACCACCGAAUCGCUCGUUCGCUUCCUCGUCACCGAAUACCGCGAGAUGGUCACCACGCGUAUUCGCGAUCUCAAGCUGCGACAACCUUCUCACCUCUCCGCCACCGCUUCCGCACCCGAGGACGUGCAAGGAGAAGCGUGGCAAGAGGCGGCAGCCAACCUGUUGCGAACGUUCAACGACCUCCCGCUCGACGCGCUUGCGAGCAACGGACAGAGCCUGAUCGACAAGAUCAUCUACGUCGUCUCGGCCUUGCUCAAUCGAACGGGCAACAGGGGCGGAUUGACAAGUGGGUUCGGCUACAUGUCGAGCCUGUUGGCGACGCUCACGAGGUUGAGUCAGACGCGAAAGGAUGACAGUGUGGGUGAAUUUGAGGAGGACGAAGCUGCGGCGGAGAGGUGGGAGAGGCAGCAGACGGAGGAAGGCGGAGGAAGAGGUGGGAGUGCGGGGGCUGGCGCGGGCGGAGGUAGAAGCGACGGAGGCAGCAAUCGCGGCGGCGGCGGCAGCAGCAGCGGUGGACCUGGCAGCAACGGCGGUGGCAACAACGGUCGUGGCGGCGGUGAUGGUCGUGAACAGAGCGGUGACCGAGUCGGUCGAGGCAACUCAAAUCGCCUCGCAGACACUCAACCCAACCCUUUCGCCAAACCUCACUUCCACCACCAACACCAGCUGCAACAAAUGCCCAGCCCCUCCUCUCCCUUCCUCUACCCCACGUCGAGCUCCGCUCCCUCCACCACCGGAACCGCCACCGAGAGCAACGAAUCCUCCACCGUCAACACCGCCAGCACCACCCCUACCAGCGAACACCCGCCCGUCGGAACCGGCUUCUACGACAAACUGAUGGCCGUCAGAAGCGUUACCGGCGCCGCCCCAAGGGAUGCGAGCACCGCACAGCUCGGGUGGAACACCGAACACUCGCGGACACAGACCCGGGAAAAAGACGGUCUGCUCCACCACCAGGAUACGCAACCAAGCUCACCCCUGAGCGCACCGCAUCCACCCGCCGCAGCGACGCAUCCAGCUCAGCCGAACGCACAACACGCGUGA